AUGUGAAGGGACCGGGUGUCCAGAGCGCCCCCUCCACCCCAAACACCUUGGCUGUCCUGCAGACCCCCACAGACAUGACACGGGGAAAUCCCCGCUCGCCCCAAAAACCCAUCGUAAGGGUUUUCCUGCCCAACAAACAGAGGACAGUGGUUCCAGCUCGUUGUGGGAUGACGGUGAGAGACUCCUUAAAGAAGGCUCUCAUGAUGCGAGGCCUGAUCCCAGAAUGCUGUGCGGUUUACAGGGUUCAGGAUGGGGAGAAGAAGCCUAUUGGCUGGGACACAGACAUUUCCUGGUUGACAGGGGAGGAGCUUCAUGUCGAGGUUUUAGAGAAUGUGCCACUGACGACCCAUAAUUUUGUGCGAAAGACCUUCUUCACGCUGGCCUUCUGUGACUUUUGCCGGAAGCUGCUGUUUCAGGGCUUCCGCUGCCAGACGUGUGGCUACAAGUUCCACCAGCGCUGCAGCACAGAGGUCCCGCUCAUGUGUGUCAACUAUGAUCAGCUGGAUUUAUUGCUGGCAUCAAAAUUUCUGGUGUACCACCCUAUUACCCAGGAGGAGGCGUCAUCAGAGGGCACGACACCCCUGUCAGAGAUGUGUCCAUCCCUCCCUCCAUCCGAGUCCACUGGGUCUCUGUGCCAUCCUACUGUGUCCCCGUCCAAAUCCAUCCCUAUCCCACAGUCCUUCAGACCUGGAGAAGAGGACCACCGCAACCAGUUUGGCCAGAGGGAUCGCUCUUCCUCAGCCCCUAACGUCCAUAUCAACACCAUCGAGCCGGUCAACAUUGAUGAUUUGAUCCGUGAUCAAGGCUUACCGAGGUCAGAUGGAGCCCCCUCGCAACACCCAGCCCGCUGCUUGAGGAAGAACCGAACACGGACCUCAAGCCCCCUUCUGUCCUCCCACCCCAAUGACAUUGUCUUUGAUUUUGAGCCUGAGCCAGUGUUCAGAGGCUCCACAACAGGCCUGUCGGCCACACCUCCUGCCUCCCUGCCUGGCUCCCUGCCCAAUGUGAAGGUGUCCAAAUCACCCUGCCCACCGAGAGAGCGGAAGCCAUCGUCUUCGUCUGAGGACCGCAAUAAAAUGAAAACCCUGGGUCGACGGGACUCCAGCGAUGACUGGGAGAUCCCAGAAGGUCAGAUCACCCUGGGACAGCGGAUAGGAUCUGGCUCUUUUGGAACAGUCUACAAGGGGAAGUGGCACGGUGAUGUGGCGGUAAAGAUGUUGAAUGUCACAGCUCCCACUCCACAGCAGCUACAGGCCUUUAAGAAUGAAGUGGGUGUCCUCAGGAAAACCCGCCAUGUGAACAUCCUGCUCUUCAUGGGCUACACCACCAAACCCCAGCUGGCUAUUGUUACACAGUGGUGUGAAGGCUCGAGUCUCUACCACCACCUGCACAUCAUCGAGACCAAGUUUGAGAUGAUCAAGCUGAUUGACAUUGCCCGUCAGACGGCUCAGGGCAUGGACUAUCUGCACGCCAAGUCCAUCAUCCAUAGAGAUCUGAAGAGUAACAAUAUAUUUCUGCAUGAGGACCUAACAGUAAAGAUUGGUGAUUUCGGUCUGGCUACAGUGAAAUCCCGCUGGAGUGGCUCGCAUCAGUUUGAGCAGCUUUCUGGCUCUAUCUUGUGGAUGGCUCCAGAGGUGAUCAGACUGCAGGAUAAAAACCCAUACAGUUUCCAGUCGGAUGUCUACGCGUUUGGCAUUGUGCUCUAUGAGCUCAUGUCAGGGGCUCUGCCUUACUCUAACAUCAACAACAGAGACCAGAUUAUCUUCAUGGUUGGCCGCGGUUACCUGUCUCCUGACCUGAGCAAAGUGCGCAGUAAUUGCCCCAAGGCCAUGAAGAGACUUAUGGCAGAUUGUCUGAAGAAAAAGCGAGAGGAGAGACCUCUUUUCCCUCAGACCCUGGCCUCUAUUGAGUUAUUGGCACGCUCUUUGCCCAAGAUCCACCGCAGCGCUUCUGAACCAUCCCUUAACCGCGCUGGAUUCCAGACAGAGGACUUCAGCAUGUACAUCUGCGCUUCCCCAAAGACGCCCAUCCAGGCUGGAGGCUAUGGUGAAUUCUCAGCGUUUAAAUAGUGCUGCAAAUCCUAAAACUCCAUCCCUUGUCAGUUUUUACGACGUCUUGUGUUCCUACGGUGGGUUCAUCCAUAACACAGAAAAGGACUAGUUUUCAAAGAAUGUGCUGUUUUUCUUCCUCUUUACCCGAAGAGCUACGGCCUCAACGGAAUUGCUUUAAAAUAAAAAUGAUCUCUGCAGGGUGUCAUUGCUGAUUUUACAAAAAUGUCAUAAACAUCACAAAGGACAACUCGAUAAUGCAACGUACAACAAAAACGACUGAUGUGAGAAACCAACAGCUGCUCACUGGAAAGAAAAAGGCAAACAAACCCAAACCGAUUUUGGCAGGGGAUGAAAAACUUUCCCCAAGAAGGAAGAUAAAUGGGUUUGGGAUGAAUGAUAUUGGGAGCACAAGCCCCGCCUUUUCUCCGCCCCUGGAGGGGAACAACACACAGCACUGGCCAAUCAGAAAACAGGGCCCAGUGACAUGGAAUGAUGGGAAAAUUGGCAUAAGGGAGAGGACGUCAAGUCGCAGUCAUGGAAAGAUUCGAUUCAUCCGAGUCUCUUUUCGAACUCUUUGGACCUUGCACCGCUGGAUUCAUUCCGAUAUAUUUGUUCACGGGUCAUAGCUUUUUUUAAGUUUAAGUUUCAUAUAGUUUUUCUUGUGUUAUAUACAGGCAGGCCUGCAAAGUUACAUUCAUUUAUACUGCUUUAAUUUUAUUACUUUUUGUUCGGUGUUGUUUCGAACUCUCAGAGAGGUGUGUG